AUGAGCAUUGGUCAAAUAUGGCUUGUAAAUGGUCCAGAGCAAGAAAUAAACACUUUGGAAGCUGGAUGGAGAGUUGAUUCUGACCAAAAAUCAAAGUUCUUCAUAUAUUGGACUAGCGAUAACUACCAAAACACGGGUUGCGAAAAUCUUGAUUGUCCUGGUUUUGUGCAAACAAACAAGAACUUUGCCAUUGGAUCUGCUUUAGAUUUUUCCGUCUACGGCUCGAAGCAAGUCGACAUAGGGGUAGCCAUAUACAAGAGCAAAGACAGUUGGUGGCUCAAAGUGAAUGAUCAGGAGAUAGGAUACUGGCCUAUAUCCAUCUACAAAUAUUUAAAGAAUAGUGCUGCUCGACUUGAUUACGGUGGAGAGAUUUACAACGCAAAAGCAGGAGGCCAUCACACAAAAACUCAAAUGGGAAGUGGCCAUUUUCCAAGUGAAGGCUAUGGAAAAGCAGGUUAUUUUCGACAUAUUCAAUACAUGGAUUCAACAGGCAGUUAUAAAGAUGUUGAGCCGGGGAAGCUGGGUAAAGAUGCGGCGAAACCUUCCUGCUAUGAUAUACAGAUACAAAGUGAUAAGAGCAGUGGAACCAAUUUUUAUUUCGGGGGUCCUGGCUAUUCUGCAGAUAAAUGUCCAUGA